GCGCCAUCUAUAAAAUUUAUUAUUGUUUACAGCGUUGCGACCAUGGUUACAGAGCAGACGCUUUUGUUCGAAUUCAGAUUGUUUGUUACAACUUUUGAAGAUUGUUUUGAUCUGUGAUCUGUUUGCAAAUUUAUGUAUUUACUGUUUCAACAGCUGUCUCCAUUUCCUGAUUUCAUAAGCUGUAGCUCUGUUAUCAGUUGCAGCUUCUUUGACUAAUAAUUUAGUAAUCCGAAAAAUAUUUUUUAUGUGAGUCUGAGCUACAGAUGUUUCGAAAUAACAAUGAGCGAACUCUUGAACAGCCACCGUUCCAUGUUAUGGCCUUGCCCAAAACUGUUGAACAAAGAACCAUAGACAAGUUGCCUUUGGCAUAUGAUUACAACUGUACACCAUAUAAAGAAAGAGAAAUUCCUCUCCAGUUGUAUAAUGUUUGCAAUCAGAUUAACAGUAAUAAACAUGAAAUGGUACGAUUGACAAAAGUAAUUGUUGUUGGUGAUGUUGCUGUCGGAAAGACCUGUCUUGUGUCGCGGUUUUGUUUACAAGCAUUUGAUACAAGUUAUAAGGCAACAAUUGGUGUAGAUUUUGCAGCAGAAAAAUUUUACAUAUUAGAUGUGCCAUAUAUUUUACAAAUAUGGGAUACUGCUGGACAAGAAAAAUUUAAGUGCAUUGCUUCAUCUUAUUACAGAGGUGCUAGAGUAGUCAUUUUGGUGUUUGACUUUUCACAUAUAUCAUCACUUUACAAUAUAUUAAAUUGGCUAAAUGAAACAUCCAAGUGCAACGAAAAACCCUUGCUGUUUCUUGUUGGUACAAAGAAAGAUAUAGUUACAAAAUCUGUGUAUAAACUCACUGAAGAUGAAGCAGUUAAACUAGCUAAUACUAUUAAUGCUGAAUACUGGCCAGUUUCUUCAAAAACAGGUGAAAAUGUUGAACAGCUUUUUCAUCGUAUUGCUGCUUUAACUUUCACAGAGUACAUUUUAAAAGAAUCAGAACAUAAAGAAACUAUAAGAAUUUCUGAUACAUUUGUUAAACUCAGCAAAACUAGUCCAAAGAAGAAAAAGCCAAAAUGUAUGCCUGCAUGCAAUUAAUAUGUGUGUUUAUGCUUCCAGAUAAAUAGAAUAAAGCCUGCUUUAAUUAGUACUUCCAUUUUGUAUGACAAAAGAAAUUUUCUGUUUAAUCAAACCCAUUAGCACCAAAAAUAUUUUUUAGUAUUUUGUCUUAAAAUAUGUCAUUUGGAGUGUAUAAUACAUUGGAAAUUGCAAAUCUAAUAAAUUAUCACAGUUAGUAAUAGAAUAUAUGAUUUUAACUUUUCCAUUUUUUAAACAAAUUUUGUGAUAAUUUGUUAUGAUGUGUUAUUAUAUGAUUAGAGUACCUUGUUUUUUAUGGCCAGGGGGAGAUUUCUUUUAGUAUUGUUGUAAGACAAAGAAAUAAUCUAUUCUUUUUUAUACAAAUUUUAAUUAAAUAAUUCCAGUGUCUACAUUCUGUUUCUCAUUAUUGACUUUUUUGCAUAAUUUAUAAAUAGAUAUAUUAAGAGAAAAGAAAUUUUCCAGACACUGUAUUUCAUAUGCAUUGUGAUUAAGCAAUACAUUUCCUUCAAAGGUAUUAAGAUAGUCAUAUUGGGUUUUACCUAUUUUUGAUCAAAAAUAUUUCAUGUAACUUUUUUGUAAAUUUGUAAUUAAAUUUAAUUUUUUGGAUUAUGAUUUAUUUUUGAACCAGCAAGAAAAUAAUAGGUGCAUGUAAAUAAUAGAAAUGAAAUAACUGUAUAAAUACAGUACCUGCAGCUUAUUCCAUUCCUAACAUAUUUAAGUUUAUUAAAGGACUGAGUAUAAUAUUUGGCAAAUUUGUGUAUUGCAAAUCAUGAAAUCAGUUUUAAACUUAAGUAAAAUAUUUCAGGACUUAACCCAAAAUAAUAGUUAAAAAUUAAUGCUAAAAUUAAACUAUAUAUGUAGUUUUAAAAUUUGUAUUUUAUUUUUUAUAAAAUAUUUUGAUAAUUACAUACAUAUAAUUAUGUAUGAAAUUUCAUCUCUCACAAACAACUCUUCUAUGUCUCAUCUGUUUCAUAUUGUUCAACAACAAUUUUUCAAUUAUAUUCUCAAUUUCACAAAAUUGCACAUAAAUUUUUUUAUCAGCACUUUUUGGUUCAAGAGUUUUUCUUAGAAUUUGCUGCUCUAGAUGUGACUGAUAGCCAUUAUUUUUUCUCAUCAUCAUUGGUAUGUCAUAAUUUUUUUUCUGUAUCACUUUCACUCUUAGUUUCUGCAGGUCAUUUAACACUUUUUAUAAUCAACUUUUACACUUAUUGCCCCAAUGUUAGAGUGAAUUGAUACAUAUUCUAAAAAUUAAUCUUCAUACAUUACAUCAGCUGAUGUCUGAAACAUUUCAAGUUUCAUAGUUUGCAGUUCCUUUGAGGCUUCUUCUGUACAAAAGCCACAUUUUCUAAAAGAGUUUUUAACUAGUUUAACACCUUCAGCGACUAUAAUAUGCAAAACUUAUCUUCAUUUUUACAAAAUUCAGUUCUGUUCAUCAUUUUCUGUAUGUCUUUUCUAUAAUGAUAUUUGAAAGCUUUUGUAAUGCCCUGGUCUGAAGCUGAAUGUUAGAAGUAUUUGCAGGAAGAAAUGCUAAUGGAUAAUCAUGGAUGGACUACAAAAAUGGACACUAUGAAUGAAUUGUAAAAAGCUUUGAUAGGUAUUAGGUUAGGUAUUCUGGCAUUGAAGAAUCAGUCCUUUGCCAAUGAGAAUAUUGUAAGUGAAGAUGAGUUAAAUAAACAACAGUUUUCUAUUGAUUAGUAUGUAUUUGUUUAGGUUCCUGGAAAUUUGAACAUAAUAAGUGGCUGAGUUGAUUAACCAUUGAGUUUAAUAAGUUUUAAUAAGUGGUGAGUACUGUAUUAACAUGUAAUUUACAGUGGUAAUAAUUAACUUCACAAUGGUUCCAUUGAUAGUAAUGGUACAAGCUGAGCCUUUUAUUUAAAUACCUGAUAAUUUACAUACAUUCAUAUCCAAACUUUUUAAUUACAGUUUUAGUGAUUCUAGAUAUUUAAGUAUUAUUAUUUUUGUAACAUUUAAUAUAAAAAGAUCCUAAGGCUACUGAAAGGUAAACAAAAGUGUAAAUUUUAUCAACAAAUAAGUUGAAUAGAAAUAUUAUUAUCUAUGAAGAAAUAAUUUAAAUGAAAAAUAUGCUUAGCUUUUAUUUUAUAAAACUAAAUAGGUAUUGUAUAAAAUGAAAGCAUUUGUGUGAUUGAAAGUAGUGCAUUAUUUUGUAUAGCAAAAUUAGUAAAAUCUUAAUUUUUGCACUUAAGUUGUGUAGAACUUAGGUAGGUAGUUCUAAGUAUGUGAAAUACAUUUGGUGAAGUCCAAUUUAAUGAAUAAAAGUAAAGUAGUAUUGUAAAUAUUUUAAUCAAAAAUAUUCCAUUCUUAAAAUAUGAAUGGCAUAAGUUGAUGUUGGACUGCAUUUUAUGCAUGCAUGUUAGUUAUAUGAUUGCAAAGUGCAAUAUUUUAGUUUUAGAAAGCAUUAAUUGUAUUUCCUUGUGAAUUUCUUGUAUGAUGAAAGUAUUCAUAUCCUUUCCCUCAUUACUUAAGUAGUGUUAAAGUGAAAUAAUUUUGAAUGUUUUAAAAAUAAUUAAAAAUUUACAAGCAACAAUUUUACUUUCUUGUGUUAAAUUAUACUAAUCUGAACUAGAAGUAUUAAAUGGUUAAGAAAUGUGUCUUAAUUUAUCUUGCGUUGCCAUAUGUUAUUGAGUAUUUAGUGUUUACACUAAUGUGCAAAACUUAAGAAAGGAUCAGGUUUUUACUUACAGCUUUACUUUUGAAUGCCCUAAUUAUGGGUAAAUCAUUGAAAAGAUAUGAGAGGUACUAAAGUGGCGAGAAAAAGCACAGUAACUGUAGCAGGUAUUAUAUAUAUGCAGAAAAUAUCUAUUUUGAAGUGAUUAUGCUGCAGUUGUUAUGAUACAGAUAAAUUCUUAUCAGAGAUGAAAUAUAGAGGAACGUAUAUUGUCAAUGCAAUGUUCUCUCUCUUUAAUUAUAUAAUAAUAGCUGCAGCAUUAUAUUUAUUGUAGCAUUGUCCAUAAACUCAGGGCCAAUACCAUCUCAGAGCAGACACACAAGGUACAGAAUUUACUCACUCCAACUGUAUUUACUGUUGUCUUUUACUGUCAUUCACAUUUCACAGUCAUUCUCCCCCUUCUGUCUUACCUUGAAACCAUGGUAAUGACUGCUGUGGAUGGCGGUCGAGUUUUUCAGUUUGCUAAAACCUCCUUAUCCUCUCUGUGUAAUAAUUGAUGAUACACAUUCUGAUUCCAUACAGCUUUCCAUACAACUUUGAGGAUCCAUACAACUUUGAAGUGUCUAUUUUAAGGGAAUAGUGUGUAUUUCCAUUACUUGCAUCCAUCUGGCAUAUUAUCUCCUUAGAUGAGAGCACCUGUAUUCUUGCAGUCAUCUCAGAAUAUAUCAUGUGCAGAUUUCACUGAUCCUGAAUUACUAGUGAAACUGAAUCUACUCUUAUUAAGAAACAUUACCUUAUUAGUCUACUAUGUUAUUAUCCAGUCCGUUGAACACUGAACCUGCUGUAAGGAUGACACCAGUGGCCAGAUAUAAUUUAGAGAUCGCCAAGGAACACUGAACCUGCUGUAAGGAUGACACCAGUGGCCAGAUAUAAUUUAGAGAUCGCCAAGGAACAAAGUAUACAUGUGGUAUUGUUUGGCCAUAGUAAAUCAUGCUAUUCAGGAUCUUUGCUUUUGUUUAGUUGGUUGGCAAAGUGCCCUUUUUCGGAUAUCAGUUUCAUACUGACAUCAGGUAGGCCUACAACACUAUAAAGCAGUCAGAAUUUUUAUUUUUUUAUUUAUUUAUUUUUGUAGAGGGAAGGGAGCUGUCCUAGUCACUAUGGAAGUCAUCCGCCACCUAUAGUAUAAUGGUAUCAGUAGUAUCAAACUCUUUGCCUUUAAUCCAACUUCCCAGUUCUGCUGAGUCUUUCAGCAGAUUGGCCCACUUUAUAAAUAUGUGAUUUUUCAGCCUGCUAUCUUACCAGUAACAAAACUGUGUUUAAAUAAGGGAUUAAUUAUGGUAUAAUGAUUUAUCAUCACAUCAAGAAAUGAAAAUGUUCAUCUUUCUCUUGAAGAGACAUGUUUGCAUUUUCAAAUAAUUUCUGAUGCAUGCCUCGGCAUAUCGCUGUCAAUCCAGUUGGUUUUAGUUAUAAUGUUUAUCUGGAGGUUUUGAGUGGUCAGUGCUUCACAUUUUACUAAUUUGUAGCUUUGGUAUUCAUAUAUAGGACAGUAAGAAAAUUAAUAAGCUGGUAUCCCCUUCAACAGACAUGUUAUCCUUCAGUAUAUAUAAUAUCUUUUUCAUUCUGGCAGAAACUGAUGAAUUAACACAGGAAGAGAGAGAAUAUUGCUUCCAUAUGCAGAAAACUAUUACAUUCCCUCCUGUAUUGUACUUUUGCAUAUCAAAACAGAAUAAAGUUACAACUAAUUAAAAAGUAUGACAUCCUAUAGAGAUAAGAUUAGUUAGAUUACUGUAUGAUCAUAUAUGUCUAGAAGUUAUCAAAUUGCUUCCUAAUAGCUGUGCCUUGUAAUACAUUGUUUGUAAUAUAGGGAAAAACUCAUUGAAUAUCUCUAACGAACACAGCUGUUAAAAAAAUCUGGAAAUAAAUCUUGAACUUUUAUCAUUUAUACUGUAUGGGAUCAUAUUCUAGAAUGCAAAUAUGCUACAUCUUCCUGCCAAAAAUGCUAAAUUGCAGUAAGUUGUUUCUUUAAUUUAAUGGUUUAUAAUCUUUAAAAACUAUUUUGCUCUGAAGUUUUGCAUGCCAGUGUAUAAGUGCAGUUGCAGAAUAUAUUUUCCUUGUUUCAGAUUAUCAUUUUAGUAUUAAAUAUAUAAUUUUUUUUUCUAAUGCUGAUUGAAUGUGUAAUUCAUGUUGAAAUUGUUAAAAUUGUCUGUGAAAUAUUUAUUUUUAGGUAACUUAAUAUUGUAAACAGAUUAAACUGAUUUUUUUCCAGUUUAUGAAUUAAAUUUUAUUUUCUAUUUAUAUUACAUGUAUAAUUUUUGCCUAAUAUAUGCAUUUUAUUAGUGUGUGUAUUUGUUAUUUAUAUAUGUAUAUAUAUACUUUAAAAAAUAUAUAAUUAAGUUGACUGUAGGCAUAGAUACCCUAUAUUGUAUUUAACAUAUUUAUGCACAUAUGGGAAUAUUUUGGGGUAAUGCAAUAUUUUAUACUCUAUGGGCAUUGUUGAACAGAUUUGAAACAAAUUUAUGAUUUAUAUGUAGUAAUUCUAGUCAUAUGUAAAUUAAUCAAAAUAACAUAUAUAGUAUAUUUUUAUUUUUAUAAAUCUGUUUUCAGAUUGAGGAGAAAUGUUUGUGAAAUUAUAUCACAUUAGAGGUGUAUAUUGUACAGCUUUGAUGAGCCAAAUUAAGUGACCAAAUUUUGAAUUCAAAGUUAAUGUUAAUUUUUCUGGCUAAACUGAGAUUUUGAUUAAUCAAUCCUUUUCACAUUUCUUUGGCUCAUCAAAAUUCAACUAUACUUUUUCAACUGCAUUAUUAAAUUUUUGUGGAACUGCUUCAUUUUUUUAAUUAGCAUCAUCUUGCUGCAAAAUAAAUAAAUAAAUAAAAAGAAGGCUUUUGAAACAUGAGUUCAAUUUUUAAAAUUGUUAUCUAUUUAUAACCUUUAAGCCAUGUUUAUCUAUUUUAUUAUAAAUUAGUGCUGCUAAAGAUUUGAUAUAUUAUUUUAUUCUGUGGCUGGGUUCAGAAAAGAGAGUCAUAGUCUAUGCAAUAAAUCUAAUGAUCCUGAAAAUUACAAACAAUAAUUUUCAGUUUUGCUGUUUUUAUAAAAAUUAAUAUAAUGGAAUUUGAAAUGCUAAUUUACACUUUCAGUGUUUUAUUUAUAUCUUUAAAAAACAUAAAAUUUUAUAAUAUAAAUUAAGAAUAAAUGAAAAAAUGCUUUUUAAAAUUGGGAAAGUCUAAAAUAGCAAGAUAUAGUUUUUAUUUAACCCUCCAGCACGCGCGCUUGGCAAUUUUACAUGAGCACACGCGUGUCGUAUUUUUUAUGACAUCUGUUAUUUUACCAUUUUUGGCACCAAAAACGACAGAAAUGAGUCAAUAUUGAUAGUAAAUUUGUUAAUAAAAUAUUAAUCUUAUUAUUGCAAAAUACAAAUGAUAUCACA